AUGGGGCCUCGCGACCGGCUGCCGGGGCUCCUCAUUGGAGGAGCGGGGAGACCAGCGAGUAGAGGGCCCCUGGAGGGAGCCGCCGAGGUUGAGGUCCCGGAGGCCGGGCUACGCCGAGACCUGCGCGUGAGCAGCUGCGGCGGCGGCAGCAUCCAGCGGCGGUGCCAGCAGUUCCAGCCCGUUGCUUUACUUUUCAGCUGCACGAAUACAGUCAUUAUGCCGAAGAGAAAGUCUCCAGAAAAUACAGAGGGCAAGGAUGGAUCCAAAGUAACUAAACAGGAGCCCACCAGACGGUCUGCCAGGUUGUCAGCGAAACCUGCUCCCCCCAAACCUGAACCUAAACCAAGAAAAACAUCUGCUAAGAAAGAACCAGCAACAAAGGUUAGCAAAGGUGUUAAAGGGAAGAAGGAGGAGAAGCAGGAAGCUGGGAAGGAAGGUACCGCAGCACCGGCUGAAAAUGGUGACACUCAAGCUGAAGAGAUCCACAUCUCUCGCUCAACUGUUAAUGUCUCAGCCUCCAGAGGUACCCCACCCAGCACACUGUCAGUAAAGGGGCAGAUUGAAACAGUGAGAGUUAAGGGUACAGUAGACAAUUCUGCACGUUUGCAGUGA